AGCGAGAGAUAGAGAGAGAGAGGGAGAGAGUAAUUUGAAACGUUGGUCUUUGGAUACAUUUACAGAUUAUUCAUCGCUCUGCCUUGUAGUCUACUCCCUUGCUUUCUUCCCGCCAAAGGCGAAAAUGGUAAAUCACCUCAAGUAUAGGAAAUCCCCACCACCGUCAACGGCGGUGCUUUGCCGCAAAGUCUCACGAAUCGUCUCCCGCCACCAGCAGAUGAAACUCGCAUUCGGCCGCCUCAAAUCUCAGAUCCGAAGUGGAUUAUUAGAAGCCGAAGAGGUAUUCGCGUCGCUCGCGAUUCCAUUGAUGAGGCUUGUCGGUUUGAAGACCGGUGAAAUGGCCGAAGAGGGAAGAUUCAGCACCAUUAUCGCGAACACGGAUAUGGUUUCUCUACGAGGAAGCCGGAGCAGGAGAAAUGAAUCGGAAAGGCAGGCGAAAUCAGCCUCUGCUAUUGAAGGAAGAGAUGAGGAAGACAGUUAUGGUUCUAAGGCAACCAUGUUAGGCAGAGAACUCAUACAGAAGCAAAGACUGCAGCUGAUACAACUGGUUCAGCUUCUUAAACAAAUUGAAACUCAAGUCAAUUCUAGCCAUAGUGACAUCCUUCAGGCUCUGACUGACCAUAGGAUUUCCAUCCACAAGUUCUUUCAGAAAGCCAUGGCAUCUGUGGUUUGUAUUCACCAGGCAGGUCAAAAUAAUGACACUGAUGUUACACUAAAGCUCCUUCGAGCUACGUUUGAACAUGUAGAUGUGGCCCUUGGAUCAGUAGAGGGAGGUAUAGAAGAUCUGAUGCAAGAACUAGCUAAAGAAAUGUGUUCUCCAAUGGUGGAGUAUGUGAGGGGCCUUAAGGCUGAAAUGACUACUGGGACAUGCCUACACUUAUUGUCUGUGGUGGAAGAGAUGGGAAGAGAAUUGAGAGAUGGAAAACUAGAAUUGGAGCAAGCGCAAAGGAACAUGAGAGCAGCUGAGGAGAGGAAUAUUGAGACUUUGAGCAAUCUGAAGAAGUCAGAAGAUAGUAUAAGGAAGAUGAAGGAGUAUCUUCAAUUCUCAGAAGCCAAAAAAGGGUCCAAUGAGUUUUUUGUGCCACACAAGUUUAUAGGUACGGAGGAAGAUCAAUCUAAAGAUGAGAAGCUGCUGUGGGAACUACUGAAAAAGAAAAGGACAUAUAGAACACCAGAGAGUCCACUUGGACUACAAGGGCUUCUACACAGGAGACUGAAUAAAAAUCCCAGGGAGAGGACAACCCGGGUCAGUGGCCGGCCCAACACAAGGAGCUACUUGUCAGGGCUAACUCCACAAAGCCCAUACUUGGAUUCUCAUCGACUGUUGGGCUCAUCAGCUUCACCAGAAACUUGGCAGGUCCAGUCCGGCAAGUGUAUCACUCCUUGAAGUCAUAUAUGAAGGCAGAUUCGUUCUUUUAACUUCUUACUACCGUAGAAGAAAUAGAAUAUUGGGUAGUUUUCAUGGUGCCUUUCCUAUUGGUAGCCGAAGUAGAUGCAUGAUUAGAAAACAUGCAUGUCUUAAUUUUCUAUAACGAUAGCUUUCUUGAAUUCAACAUGAUGAAUUGAUCCUUAUUGUUCUCCCAUUUCUAGCGAGGCAAAUCUAUGAAAAUUAAGAGGAUAAUCCAUCAAAUUUAGAGCACAUGACGUUAUCAAUUUCAGCAUUAUUGCUGCAAGAUUGAAUGGUAAAAUUAGAAAAUAGGAUCAGAUCAUUGUUGUUGAAAUAGGAAUCGGAAGCAGGACAGGCAGGGGAAGGGAAUCGGAAAGUGCAGCCAGAAAAUAUAGGGAAAAUGGAAAACAAAAACAUGAUAAGAAAAUCAAAUGGAAACGUAGUAGG